CCCACCUCGACGACGAAGCAACACCUCACCCCUCCUCACGUCCAGGUCCAAACGCAAAGAUGCGCUACAUCCACAGUGAGGAGACCCUCGAGGUCCCCGAGAACGUCAAGGUCUCGAUCAAGUCGAGGCUGGUCACGGUCGAGGGCCCGCGCGGCAAGCUCACCAAGGACCUGAGCCACAUUGCCGUUAACUUCUCGGUCGUCAAGAAGAACGUUAUCGGGAUCGAGAUCCACCACGGUUCCCGCAAGAACGUUGCCGCCCUCCGCACCGUCCGCACCAUCAUCAACAACCUCAUCAUCGGCGUGACCAAGGGCUUCAAGUACAAGAUGCGUUACGUCUACGCCCACUUCCCCAUCAACGUCAACGUUGAGAAGAACAAGGAGACGGGCAACUGGGAGGUUGAGAUCCGGAACUUCAUCGGCGAGAAGAUUGUCCGGAGGGUUAUCAUGCGGCCCGGUGUGGAGGUCGAGAUCUCGAAGACCCAGAAGGAUGAGCUAAUCCUCACCGGUAACUCGCUUGAGGAUGUCUCGCAGAGCGCCGCCGACAUUCAGCAGAUUUGCAAAGUGCGGAACAAGGAUAUCCGGAAGUUCUUGGACGGUCUCUACGUCUCGGAGAAGGGCAACGUGGUUGAGGAGUGAUGGACAUGCGGCCAUGGGUUUCUUUGUGCUUUAUGGGUCUAAACCGGAGUGGCAAGGGGUCAAUUGGCAUUUGCAUGUUUUGUAGCGCAAAAAAAAGUCGCUACUGCAAAAUGGGCAAUCUUCUGAACCACAGGUGUUGGGUGCAUACCAGCAUCCCUUCUUCUCAGAGAACACCUUCGCUCUAUCGAGCCAAUGAUCACAACCAUCCGGCCCACAAGGUUCACAGGCUCGUUCCCAACCGAUGGUACAGAUUUUUUUGGGGGGAGGGGGGGUGAACUCAGGAAACGCGUCGAUACCUCGAAACUCCAAGCCAAAAAGAUUCAAUUGCAACACCAGGGCGCUAAGGACAGUUUGAGAAUCCGGUGACGGCGUUUGACGAAAGGGACGACCGAUACCGUGGAAGCACACUCUGGUUUCUCAUUCCUGC